AUGACGAGUCGGUCGGUGGCGUUCAAAGAUUUGGACAAUGCCAAGUUUUCGUCCGCGCACGUCCGCGCCAUGCUCGUGGCAGGUUCCGGCUUCUUCGUCGACUCGUACGAUAACUUUGUGAUCGGCCUCAUCGUGCCCAUGAUUGCGUGGGAGUACUAUCACCAAGGAAGCCUGCCCUCGUCGCUCGCGGACGGGUGGGUCAAGGCGGCGGCGCCGUGGGGCAACAUGGUCGGCCAAGUCGCGUUUGCGAUCUUGGGUGAAUCCUCGGCCGCAAAAAGGUUCGCCGUGUGGCCUGUGGACGGCAACGCGGACAACGUGCUCAUCAUGCUGGCGGUGUGGCGCUUCAUCUUGGGGAUCGGGGUCGGGGGGGAUUACCCCGUGUCGGCCGUGAUCACGUCCGAGUUUGCGUCGAGCGACCGCCGCGGCCAGUUUAUCUCGAUCGUGUUUGCCAUGCAAGGGUUUGGCAUUAUCACGGGGGCUGUCAUGGCAAUCAUCUUGCUGUCGUUCUUCCAGACGUCGAUUGUCGAGGACCCGAACCACAUCGGGUAUGUGUGGCGCCUCCUGGCUGGAUUCGGCGCGGUGCCGGCACUGGCAGCGGUGUACUGGCGCCUUCGCAUCCCAGAGACCCCUCGGUUCACGGCCGACGUGCUCGGCGACCAAGAAGCCGGCGUGCGUAACGCGACGCAAUUCUUGGGCGGCCCCACCUUUGACGAGCCGGUCCCUGUCGAUGCGACUCGCACGACCAAGUCGUUCUCGGACGCGUUCCGCUCCCACUUUUCCAAGUGGGUCAACCUCAAGGUCCUCAUCGGGUGCGCCGCGUGCUGGUUCUUCCUCGACAUUGGGUACUACGGCACGUCGCUCAAUACCCCCGUGAUCUUGGACGCGAUCGGGUAUGGCGCGCCAAAGACCAAGGGCAAGCAAAAGACAUUUGACGACCUGUGGAACCGCGCGGUCGGGACGGCUAUCAUCAACAUGUGCGGGACUGUGCCGGGGUACUGGUUCACGGUCUAUUUCAUUGAGCGGUGGGGCCGCAAGCCAAUCCAGUACAUGGGGUUUGUCAUGCUCACUCUACUCUUCCUUGCCAUGGCGAUCUGGCUGGACGACCUCAAAACCAGCCACCGGACUGUCUUUGUCGUGAUGUACUCGUUCGCGCAGUUCUUCUUCAACUUUGGCCCGAACACGACGACGUUUGUGAUCCCGGCCGAGGUGUUCCCGACCCAGGUCCGGUCGACGGGCCACGGAAUCUCGGCGGCGUCCGGCAAAGCGGGGGCGAUUUUGGCGGCGCAGGCGUUCGCGGUCGUGGCCAAGUCGAGCUUUGGCUUCAGCGGGGUCUUGUACAUUUUUUCGGGGUGUUGCUUCCUCGGCCUACUCUUUUCGUUCUGCGUCCCUGAGACCAAAGGCUUGACGUUGGAACAGCUCUCGACAAUCGACAAGAUCGACAACAACCUCAACUACCAUGCUCAAAACACACCUCUGAAGGACCUGGCCGAGUAG